UCAAAGUUGAUUUUGUAGAUUAUAAAUGUUUUAUUUUUCUUCAGUUUAUUUAUUUCUUCAAGAAUGUAUUUACUAGGAAUAUUUUCAAUUAUUUUAUAUUUGGGGCGAUUAACAAUCGCAUAUGAAAAUGGAAUUAAUAGUUUAUUCCCAGAGGAUUAUUCAUCAAUUUAUACGUAUCAUGUAUCAACAAACACUGGUGUAAAAAAACCUGAAAGUGCUACAUCUUUAUGGGAAUUAACCGCUGGAAUUAUAAUUACUAGUAAUGGAAAUUACUCAAUAAUACAGCUGACUGAUGUGCGAAUGAAAGCAUAUAAUGGGCCAGAAAAUGAAGAUGUAAAUUGUCCAACAUGGUCCAUGACAGAUAUCAACGAAUUAUCUGAACCAUUUGUAAUUCAAUAUGAGAAGGGUUUGGUUGAAAAUAUCUUCUUAAAUCCAAAUGAAGAUGUUUGGAUUUCAAAUAUUAAACGUGGUUUGGGAAGUUUAUUACAAAUUGAUAUACCGCAAAUUGAUAAAUUUGCGUUUACAUCCACAGAGAAAAACAUUUACGGAUCUUGUUUAGUGGAAUACACGGUUUUAAAUGAAACAGAUGAUCUAUCUGUGCGAAAAUUCAUAAAUAAUGAUAAAUGUGCAGAUAUUCCAUUUCAAUCAUGGUCAAGUGCUCCAAAAUCAAUAUGUCCUUCGAAACAUCAAAAUUCAAUUAUAUCGAGUUCAGAACGAUAUUUUCGAAUUAAUAAUACAAACAAUGAAACCUUUGAAAUUCUUGAUAUUAAAGGGCAUGGAACUUUAUUGGUACAACCAUUUGAAGCAUAUGGUGACGCUUAUUACUUAGAAACAAAACAAGAAUUAUAUUUAAAAAAACGUAUAAAAAAAGAAUUCCCAAAUGAAAAUUUCCUAGAAAAAUUAACAAUUUCAAAUUUAACAUACGAACAAAAUACAUACGAUUUCACAAACGGACGUCGAAAAUUAACGAAACAAGAGAAAAUCGAAUCGAUACAUGAAGAACUAAAUAAAUUAAUUAGUAGUUUCGAAGAAAAUCAUUCAAUUUAUAAAACGAAUAAAUUACAUCGUGGAACACUUCAAUUGUUAUAUUUCCAAAUGCGAACACUUGAUAUAUCCGAAUUACAUCGAAUAUAUUCGGAUAUCGGUAUCGGUACAAGUUAUCAACAGGAAUCAAAAGCUGGUAUUUUUUUGGAACUAUUACCACAAAUUGGUAGUGAAGCUUCAUCACAAUUUAUUAAGGAUUUAAUACUAUCGAGAAAUGUUAAAGAUAUUUUAGCUGUAAAAUUAUUAACUAUGUUACCGUUUUACAUUGAAUACACCAACGAUCAAGUUUUAGCGAGUUUUGAACCGUUAGUAUCGUUAAGUAGAGAUUUUUCGAUAAGUGUUCGACAUACGGCUGUUUUAAGUUUUGCCACAAUGGUUUAUAAGACGUAUACGGCUGGGAAAUGUUCAGUGCAAACUUUUGAAAAAUAUGUACGGAAAUUUUUGGAUUUAUUUUCAGAUAGCACCGAAUAUGAACAAGAAAUGCUUUAUUUACAAGGUUUAAAUAAUUUACAAGUCGGUUCAGUUGCAAAAUAUUUAAUUCCAGUAAUUUCAAAAGGAACCACAUAUUCACAUCACACACGAUUUCUAGCUAUUUGGGCAUCAAUGUACACAAAAACUUUAAGCGCAGAUGAGAUUUAUAGAAUUUAUUGGCCAAUAUUAGAAGAUCGUACAGAACAUUUAGAAAUGAGAGCCGUUGCAUUUUUAAUGUUACUUACAUCGGAACCAACAACAGGUCGACUUGUAUCGCUUUAUUGGUUUAUGCAGAAAGAAAAUGAUCCACAUUUGUAUAAUUUUUAUUAUACGACUUUGAUCAGUCUUAAAGAUACAACUUAUCCCUGUUAUUUACAUUUGGGUACAUUAGCAUCACAAAUAAUACGUUUUGUAAAAGCACCACAAACGAAAAAAUAUUGGGUAACUGGUAAUUAUUUAUUCGAUUAUAACGAUGCAAAUCGUGAAUUUGGAUCAAUGUCACAAUUUAUAAUGAUUGGAAAUCCACAAACGGAUCAAUUAAAUGUUUUUUAUGUAACAUUAAGUAAUUAUGUAAUGGGUUAUAAUGUUAAUCAAUUUGCACUUUAUUUAAAAAUGCAAGGAGUUACUGAAUCCGUUCUGGACAAAUUAUCACAUAUUAAUGGACAGAAUGUUGAUGUUAAUGAAUUAAUUACAAUCUUACAAGAUGCUAAAGUUAAUUUACAAUCAUCGGAACCGGUGCAUAUUGAAAUUAUAGCAAAAAUUGAAGGAAAAACUAUAUUUAGUAAAUAUAUAAAUGAAACUACUUUUAAUUUACUUGGAAAAGUUCUUUUAGAUUUACAAGAUAUCAAAUCGGAAUAUCAUAUAAAUUAUCAACAUAUAGGAAUUACUUUAGCUAGUCGAGAUUUUUAUCCAUCAGAUUUUGGUACUACAAUUUGGAUUAGUACUUUAUCAGGUGCAUCAAUAUCUGUGCGAGGAAAUUUUACGUUUUCUAUGGAAAAUGGAUCAUUUAUGAGACAAAAUGAUUUAGAUUUUAGAUAUUCAUUUCAAACACAAUUAACAUUAUUUUCAUAUAAUCCAAUAUUGGAUUCAUAUCAUGGAAUUGAACGACAAAAAGUUGUCCAUGGAAUACUUCCGAUAUUAAUGAAUGUCAGUUUAAAUAUACCAAAUAUGAAAUUAUCAACAUCAUUUCAACAAAGUGACAUGAGUCCGUUACCAAUUGUAAUAUUCCAUACACGAUUAAUUACAUUCUUUCGAAGUAAAGAAAAUUCACAACUUGUUUUAAGUGGUUUUUGUCCAAAAUGUAAAUCCGAGUAUGAGGUUACAAGUAUUAAUAAAUUUAAGAAUAGAGAAGUAUUAAAUAUUGAUUCGAAAGAAGUAUAUCGAAAAUUCCAAUUAUCGUUAUUCAAUUGUGAUAGUCCGUACAAUUUGAAGAAUAUUUUCUACGACAUUACUCAAUCACACCGUUAUAAUAGUAAGGUACUUUCUUCUGGAAAAUAUAUUCUAUUUCUACAACACGUAUUGGAUUAUGUUUCUUUUAUACCCACAGUCGGUCAAUGUGGGGCAGCUUUUAUUGUUGGAUCGUUAAGUGAAGAACUUCCAAUUAUACAUUGGGUCACGCAAAUUAAUCAACAGCCGGAAGAACGACAGUUUAUUAUUAAAAAUGGGACAACAUUUUAUACGGAAUUAUUACAUGAAUAUGAUGGAACAUUGGUUCCUGUGUUUGAUGCAACAUUAGCUUUGGAAACGUUCAGUAAUGAAAUUUCUGAUAUCCGAUUAAUUGCAAAUCGGAAAACUGAACAAAAAGAAAAGUACUGUUUUCACUCAAACACAAAAUUACCACAAAAAUCGUAUGAUAUGUUUUCAUAUGAACCAAUUGAAGAAAUUCUAAUCGUUGGUGAUUUGAGUUGGGGGAAUGUAAAUGAAAAUGAAACUGAAUGCCCUCAUGAUCAAAAACUUUUACAUUGGAAUAUUACUGGAGAGCUUACAGAUGAACAAAAAAUCGAAAUAAAAGAAUCAAAAAUUUGGCCAUUUAAACAGUGUAAAGAGAUGAAAGGUGAUUUAAAAUUUACACCUUUAUCAGAUGAAUGUUAUCGAGCAUCGUUUGCUGCAUCAACUCCACGUAAAUAUUCAAUGGAAUUUCUAAUGAAAAACAUACCAGAAUGGUUUUACAAUUCGAUAAAGAGACUGAAAUGUAUUUUUGGUAUAUUUGAAAAUAUUAAUAUCAAUCAAUUAACGGCAUUAAAUGCAUCUGUCGAAUAUACAGAAAAUAAAAAAUUACUUGACAUCAAUAUUAAUAAUGAAAAUACAAAAAUUGAAAAUAUAUUUUGGGAUGAUAUUUCAAUAUUUUUCCCGAAUAUGCGAUUUCCAAUUGUAUCUGAUGCAAUUGUUAGUUUGGGUUUGAUAAAUUCAUGUAUUAUAAAUCAAGCAACAGUACGAACUUUUGAAAAUACAACAAUUCAUAACAAUGAUACUAGUCUAUUGGCAGCUGCUGAUUGUUCAUAUUAUCCGAAAUUCGCUCUGUUCGUGAAUAGAGACAUAAAUGAUUCUUCAUUAUCAUUUAAAAUGCAUACUGGUAAGAAUACGGCUACCGUUACCAAAAUAAACGGUAUAUUAACGACGUUAAUUAAUGGAGUUGAAGUCGAUGCACGAAAUGGAUUUGAAUAUCCAUUGGAUACAGCUGUUUAUGAUUUUAAGAUAUUCAAACGAGACCACGGAAUUGUUGAAAUCGAUAGUAAAUUCAGUGGAACUUGGUUAUAUUUUACUGAAGAGUAUAUAUUAAUAACCACGCCAGGAUUUUAUAAGGGUCGUUUAUGUGGGAAGUGUAUAUUACCAAAGGAUUAAAAAAUUUAUUAUUUUUCUUGUAUUUAAAAAAAAAAAGUCUAAAUUGUUCUGUGAGACAUUUUAGAUGUGUUCUUUUAUUCUAUCCAUUGAUUAUUGUCAUUUUACCCUUUUUGUACUGACCAGGACAUUGGAUUGAAUUAGGGAACAUGUACGCCUUAUAUGUCCAGGCAUAGUAUUUGACAGUCAUUUUAGAACGGAAAUUUGAGAGACUGUUGUCGGGCAAAAUAAUUUAUUGCAUUUUUCAAUGAAUAUUUCUUUAAUUUUAAACCGAGUGUGAACAUUUUCAUAGAGAGAAAACCACGGAUCUAGUAAUUAUAGUAGGGAUGUAGUAUACAGUCCUACUUUAGACGAGGGGGUGUAUCAUUCAGGGGGGAAGCAAUGUGAAUACUUUUGAUUGGCUGAGGAUCUCAUUUGCGGGAAAUUCAAAUAGAACGAUAAUAUUUCAUGUGUUUU